AUGUCAACACUCAUGCAAGCAGAGGGCCUUCUCUUUCCGGCAGCCGGCGAUUCAGAGGGCGCGUGAACGAAAGCCACCGAAGGCGGACCUGUCAAAAGAUGGGAACUGGAACUUGCUGACUGACUUCAUCGCAUGCAGACAUCGGCCCCGCAGCAGCAGAGCAGGAAGAACAGUCAUCGUCGACGUCUCUCGUGCAUAUCGAAUUGCAAAAGUGAAGUGAAAAAAGAACGAUCGCACCUUUUGCUCGCCAGUUUCGGUCGUGUCGGGAAAAGAAGGAAAAAGUGGUGUUUCACAAAUUUUAAAGCCAACGCGACUAGAUAACUGGGAGGCGUUCUCGGUUGGAGUUCCGAGUGUUAUUCGGUGGAUGGACGAAAGAUUGUGGGGAAGUUCUCCUUGACGGAACUGGGACGGCUCCGUGGCUGACUAGAGGCUGCGGCACUGGUAGUUUUUUUUUCUUUUAUCGACGUCAAGCCGCCCCCGGAAAGUGUCCGCUAGAGGUGGAUUACUUCUUAUUGCUGUAGUUUGUGUGUGUGCGCGGGAAAGAGAGGCAAGAUUGGUGGUCAACUUGUCGAGUGCGAAUUGUGGCUUUCCUGCGGGUUCUUGUUAUUCCUGUGUUUGUCCAAUUUUCCCGGGAUAGGGAAACGAAAAGUGCUAUUGCCCUAUAUUGUGGUUAACGUCAAAAGAGUCCGUGUGCGGACCGGAUGCUGUUCCAACUUGGCUGCACCUCGGGAGCCGUAAUCUGGGAUACUGAAUGAAAAGUUGAAAUUGGCCGUCUUUACGUCGGAUUGAACGUUCCCUUUCCCUUGGACAGACAGAAAGGCUACCUACUGCCUGACACCGGUACAAGAUGAUUUUGCUCGAAAUCAAUAACCGGAUCGUUGAGGAAACGCUCACCGUAAAGUACAAGAACGCCAUCGCAGGAAACAAGCCAGAAUCAAUUGAUGUCACAGUAGCAGAUUUCGAUGGGGUGCUGUUUCACAUUUCCAACAUCAAUGGUGACAAAACCAAAGUGCGAGUGAGCAUAUCGUUAAAGUUCUACAAACAGCUACAGGAGCAUGGGGCGGACGAACUGCUCAAACGCGAAUACGGCGACCUGCUGAUCACACCAGAAGACGGUUACAACGUGUCAGUACUGGUCGAUCUGGAGAAGAGCUCGGAAAACUGGGAAGAAACCGUACGGAAGGUAGGGCUGCUCAAGCGAAACUGCUUCGCCUCGGUUUUCGAGAAGUACUUCGACUUCCAGUCACAGGGCGAAGGCGAAGGCGAGGGUCAGAAACGAGCCGUAAUCAAUUACAGGAACGAUGAAACGAUGUAUGUUGAAGCAAAAUCGGAUCGAGUAACGGUGGUGUUUAGCACGAUAUUCCGUGACGAGGACGAUGUAGUGUUAGGAAAAGUGUUUAUGCAAGAACUGCGCGAAGGCCGAAGAGCAUCCCACACGGCACCGCAGGUCCUAUUUUCCCACAGGGAACCACCACUAGAGCUAGCCAAUACGGGUGCACGGGUCGGGGAGAAUAUCGGUUAUGUUACGUUCGUUUUAUUCCCAAGACAUACAUCAAAAGAAACGCGUGAUAAUACGAUAAAUUUAAUUCAUAUGUUCCGCGAUUACUUGCAUUAUCAUAUUAAGUGUUCGAAAGCGUACAUCCACUCACGAAUGCGAGCAAAGACGUCGGAUUUCCUGAAGGUGCUCAACCGUGCUCGACCCGAGCCGAAAACAACUGAAAAGAAAACUAUCACCGGCCGAACAUUUAUCAGAAAGGAAUGAUUUUGGAACUCAUCUGACAUCUAGUUGUUAAAUGUGUAAGUAAAUAUUUACUAAUAAACAGAAUGGAAAACCAUGCCAGAAAUUUGAAAAACCACUAGGAUCGCUAGUUCAAAUCGUUUUAUAUACCGGUGAUUUUUACCGGCGUUAAGCUAAAAUAGUGAAAACCAGGACUCUAAUGGGACAGAUUUUGAAAUUGCGACAUUUAUUAAACACUAAGCAUUUAAAAGCGUGCAAAAGCGAAUAAAAUCCCUAUGAUAAGAAAGGAAAAAAAUACAUGUAUUAAAACAUACAACCACUUCUGGAACGUAAAAUAUAGAAAGUUAGCAGUAAAUUCCUUAAUCGCCGCUGCCAAUAACAAAGAAAAAAGUAAAAAAUCACAGUUAUUAUAAAACUAAUUAUAAUAAAACCAUUUUUAAAGAAAUUUAAUUAUUUUAUUUAAAUAAAGAAACAAGUUGGAUUUAUCUUUACUGAGAAUCGGUCAAGCGCUAGUGAACCAUGUAUGCAAUAGUACUAAUCUUUAACGUAGAAAAUAAUUUCGGGGAAUUGGAGGCAUUGCGUAAGUGGCGAGUGAGAUGUUAUUUAGAAACAGCGUUAGUUUCUUUUACAGCUCGGGUCUAUUGGUUGGAUAUAAAUUUGUAACACAUUGGCUGAUCGAAAAAAUACGAUUGAGGUUGUUCCUACGUCUUGGCAUUGGUUACAAAAAAAAUCUAAAGAAAUUGAAAAAACUAUAGAGCCAGUAUGUUACAAAGUUUUACUCAUGCCAGUCAUCAGGAUUGAGAAUACAAGUAUAUAGUAGGUACCCGGUGCUGAAAAAGAAGAAUUAACACAUACUAACCUUUAGCGUAUAAGCGCCUACUCCAGAUACCCAGACUGAUCAGUGGCGCUUGAAUCCAUACAACUACAAGUCGCCCAGAAUCAUACGCCAUCUGUCGGGGCAUCGUGAAACUACUGUGCUUCAUCAAGAAAAAAAAUUACACUUGAUAAUUAACAAGCCAAAUGAAAACCGUCUUGAUUGAAUCACCUAUUAGUAUUUAAAAUUCUAUCUCAAAUAUUUUCACUAUCGUUUUUGUCUUCAAUGUUAAUCGUUUACUUUAAUUUACUGUAUCACAAUUAGAGAUGAAUGUUAUACAAACAAUGACUGUUGAUCGAUUGAGAUGAAAAAAAAAAUACAAACGCAACGUUAUAGCGGUCCUUAGUUCAGAGCCAAUUAAUUUUGAGAUUCAGUUUUGAUUUCAAAAUUAAUUUAUCCGGCUGAGUAACAGUAUGAAAAUUAUAAUGUCUGUUAUAAAUAAUUCAUUGAAUUCGGAAUAGUUCGUCUUAAUCUGAAAGGUUGACUGCGACCAAAAAAAAUACAAACUAUAUAUAACUCCUUGAAAAACUUGAAUUCUAAUUUACCUUAACUGUUUCUUGGCUCGUACCUAGAUAGAUUUGAGGAGUGAAAUAAGUUAUUCACAUAUUGAAUAAUAUCUAAAUGUGAUGAAUGUAUUGAUAAGAUCUUUAAUCCUAUUUGCCGCCGGAAGUUUUCGUGAUAUAAUGCUGCUAGUUUCACUAAAACUUAUAAAUUUUUGGAAAAAUAACCUCAGAAACGACCGUGUUUAUCGACCGGGUAUUUUUCCCUGCUCAAAUGUGCGUGAGAAAUGUCAAAAAAGCAACUAUAAUGACCAUUUCGUGUGAGUUUUCAUUACGUCGUAUGAAUCAUCUUGAAAAUUCACAGAAAAUUUCUUCAAAAGUUAUCAAAACAACAUUAAAAUUUGUAUUUCACAUAUAGAAUAUGUUGUCCAGGCUACAAAUAUUUUAAAUGGAAUGAAGUUGCUGCUAGUUUAAGUCAUUUUUUUGUUUUUUUCGUAAUAAAACUGUUUGUUUACAUUUUGUUUCAUAUGACGUAAUGAAAGCUCACGCGAGAUUUUGGCAUAAUUCUGGACUGGACUGGACUGGAAAAUUAACCUUAAAAGCGACCAUGUUUUUAGACUUUUUCCCCAUCUUAAUCCGUACACGAGAGCAAGUGCGCGUGAGAAAUGUCAACUUAAAAAUCUUUUAUUCGAAAAAUAAUUGUUGAAAAACUACACUGAAUUUGGAAUAUUUCAAAUCCAUUUCUUUUUGCUUCCGAAGUUUUUUCACCUUUGAAAUUCAACCAAAUUCUUUGAUUCAAAGUUUUGUUAAAACCAUAUUUCGAAAGUAAUUAUUUUACUAAAUGAAUCCAUUCUUCAAAAAACUAUAAUUUUGAACAAGGGUAAUUUUAAUGUUCCUUAACCGAUGCCAACUAAACUUAUAUAUCGAUUUCAAUGCUUUUCCACACCACCAAAACGAAUUUUAAAUGGUAAAAGAACAGUACUAUCUUGAUGCAAACGAAAGUCAUUUUUAUUUUCUUGUCGUUUUAUGGAAUGUCAAAUAGCGUAUGUCUGUGUGAGUGAAUUCAUUUGAUGUUUUGAUUUUGAUGUGACGAAUUCACGUUUGUUUUAUUUUAACCAUGGAUAAAAUCAAUUACAUGUGCGAUAUUCAAAAAAUGAUUCGAAAUUCAACCAAAAAAAUUAUAAUGAAAAAAUAACUUAACAACAGAACAGGAGAAGCUAAGCUAUUCUUACUAAGCAGACUCGGAUGAUUGAAAUUUUUUGUCAAGAAUCAUCAUUAUGUCAACCAACGCACUUUGUUAGAUAUUGUACUAAAUUUUCAGGAAAAUGCAUCAUCUCGAAGCCAAAAAUAUUGUUUCCACAACUGCCUUUUCCAGUGGGUGGUAAAAGGGCUAGUUUGAUAUCCAAGUUUAGUUAGAUAUUUUGAAAAGAAGACAUCUCUCGAAUGUGACAAAAUUUUUCAUAGAAAGGGAAGUUUUAGGUUUUAUUGGAGAAAAAAAGUAAAUAAAAAUCUGACACCGUUUUUUUGUUGUAGAUGGUGACUUAAUGGUAUAUUUCGUUGUUGCGAUUUGCAUUAAGCUUCUUCUGUUAACAGAACAUUGCUUUACAAAUUUUGUAAAUAUCACCUCUACUUUUGUUUUAUUCAGUUCUUGUAAACUUUUUCAAAUGCGGCAAUACGGCUAGGUGAAGGGUUUUGAGAAACUCUAACUGAAACAGAUUGUUCAACAUAAUUUUGUAAGAAUCUCGUCCAUUCAACUGAUUUAACAGUUCUAAACAGUAGUAUAAUUUAAAGCCACAUUCAAUAUACUGUAGUUUUGCAAUAUACAAUCAGUGGAAUGAUUUUAUGAUGUCAUUUGUCGUUUUCUCAACAAGUCCUCAAUCGUUUUAUAACUAUUUACAAAUAAUUGGUUUUGUCACAAUAUUUUUCUACCAGGGAAACUUGAACUUACCCUUGACGGUGGUUUCGGGAUUAACGAAAUCUUGCAGUUGAAAGUGAUCUUCACAAAUGAAGCCAAAGAUGUCAUAAAAUGGUUAUUUUUCAACCACAACGCAAUAAGGAAGUGGUGCAGAAAAUCUCAAGUUUUCAUUCAAUUUUCAUUUCUGUUGAAGUCGAUGUAUUUUUUGUGAGCUUUAUGGUUGAAUUUUAACCAUAUUUGGUUAAUGCGCUCCAAUUCAAAAACGGUUCUUCAGUGGUUUUAGAAAUAUAUCGUGUUAUUUUUUUUCUAUCAAAAGUAGGUAAUCAUAAACGACCGUGUUCAUCGCUAGAUGUAAAAAAAAACAUAUAGCACAAUGCAAAUGUGUGUGUGAUAUAUCGAGAUUUUUCCUUUUGUGUGUGUGGCCGUUAGUUUCACGAUAACCCGUAGAUAGCGCUGCGGAACAAGCGCCAAAAUCAGCCUUCAGUGGUUAGUCUGGGUAUCUGGUGUCUGCGGUAUAAGGUUAUAUACGGGCGAUAGUAUUGCCGAAAAAUAGGCCUCAGCCAUAACCUCAAAUUCAGAUUUGCUGGCGGCCUCACCAGUGAUGCUAGGUGCGUAACUAAAAUCAGUAUUUGCUUGUUUUAAACUAAUUAUAAUAUUUCAGAAUUGAUUAAAUUUUUUAACUAUCAACAGCUAAUCGCUUGAAUUCAUUACGGGGCAUCCUUAAAUGGAUGAAGAUAAGCCAUCUUUUGCUAAUGAAUUUUCUAGGUAAAUUCAAAACAUCUGAAAUAUAUUUUCAUGUACUGAGCUUGGUAGAUUAAAAAAGAGUUGUUUCUAACUUCUUAACAAAUGCAAAAUCAUUCACUGUUACAAACAAGUAAAUUAAUGAAAUCCCCGUUUAUUUUGACUUUGAAAAUAAUUGUUUACAUGCUCUGAUUAUUUUAAACAUAUCCACAUAAUUCGCUACAUCGUUUAAGUGUGCGAUACAGUAAGUUGUUAUUUCGUUUAGAUAUAUGAUGCGUUUAAUUUCACAUUCAAAUGGAAAUCUACGGGAAAGUUGCAUGAAAAGGUUUAACAAUAACAAUGUAAAUUAAAAAAUAUAAUCAUUUUCAAAAUAUCUAUACAGUUGGCACCCCUGAAAACCCAAAAAAAUCAAAACACGAAUAUCUGUGUAUCGCUUUUUCACAGGGCGAAUUGGUCGAUAUAAGUACCAGAAAAUCGCGUUUAUCGUACGCCCUUCUCAAAAAUCGAUUCUGUUCUCCCAUGGUUUGAGGUUAGGGCUGAGGCCUCCUGCUAAGGGUGUGUUCGUGUAGAACUGUCAAUAUAUCCUAAUGGAAAACCUACAUAAUAGAGCGAUAUCUGCUCUCCUCCUCUCGUCGGUGUCUUUGUGUAGAGAGAUAAAAUCUAAGAAAUGUGUCGCACAAUUCCGAGAUUAUGUACUUUGACCCACGAUAACGACGCAAAAUUUAUAGAAAUAACAUAAGAAAAAGUUGAUCAAAGAGUAAAGGUUCGUAUCCCCUAAGUCGUUAGUGUAGACAACUGAAAGCCGUACAGACUUUAUAAAACAAAUAGACUACCAUACUAAACCAAUGUUGUUUACGAUGUAGUCAGUUGGACAGUCUACCAGAAAAGCACUUAUGAUAAUUAGAUAUUAGAAAUCGUGUAAAGUUAUGUUACAGUUUGUGACUAAUACCAGCUAGAAAAAGGGUUGCAAUGACAUUGUAAGGACUCGUUCCCACUAGGAGACAGUUGGUUUCGAGUCAGUCUCAAUGUCUCCCAUUUCCUUCAAGAGACACUGAGACUGUCUCAUGUUUCCAGCAACAACAACAGCCAACAAAAUUCCGUCUGGCAACUAAAAUCGAGCAUUUGUCGCCUAGUGUGGACUACACGCUCGGCCAUGUUGAACCAUAAAUGCUUGAAAAAUAACCAUAAUCGAAGUUUUGUGGAUCAAGUCAUUUUAUGAGUUUUCAGUGAAAACUCAUAAAAUGAGAUUUGGAGGAGAACUUGGAUUAUGGUUAUUUUGUAAACAUGGUCGAAAAAGUAAAAAUCUGCAGAAAAUCGAGGAUUUUUAUAUUUCAUUUGCUUAAACAUAAAAAAAAAUCAAAGGAAGAGACCAUGUAUAAUAGCACAAUUAAAUCCGUGUUAUUUUCAAAAAAGCUUUUAUUGGAAAAUGGAAUUACUAAAGGGUUGUGUGGUAAUAUGUGUCGAUCACGACAGGGUUCAAAUAAUAUUUUAAGUCGGCCACUUCCGGAUGAUCCGCUGGUUCUAACUCCCCGGUGACUGCACCCGAUGCUGAGCCCGUUUUGCCCUUUUCCAGUGCUGUUCUUCUACCAGCAGCUCAGGAUGGGACAGACUUGCCGAAUUAGACGAAGCCCCUCAUCAUUCUUAUCAUCUGCAAUAAAAAGAUAAAAAAAAUGAUUCUUUGAAAUGUUCCAUGGAACAAUGUAAACAAAAUAGAAAUAUAAAAAAAAUGUAGCCAGCUUACCUUUUAAUUGGAAGAUUCCAAAGAUGUGUAGUUCAAGCAACUUUUCAAAUAAACCGGGGUUUCGCCCCCGGUGCGCAGAUGAAAAGCCACAGUUUCUAGGGGGAGGAGCAUUCGUCUUUUUUACACCACUAUCUCGUUGGUGUUGCUGCUGGAAGUUCCUGAUACGAAUCCUCUUGAAGCUUCAGAUUCACCACCCGAACGGGACUGUUUUCCUUUGAAACUGCUAGCCAUUUAGAGCAGCUGUGGUCCACCACGAUGGUGUUAAAUUUUCGGAACCGCUCGUUCUGUUUGAGAAAAAAAAAUUUGGAGGUUAUUGACGAGGGGGAUUUGGAGGAUGUGAAAUAUAAUUUCAAAUUGUCAUCACUAUAUUGUUUAAUUCUCCAUACUUACCCGAUAUAUGAUCAAAUAAUCCUCCGGGAGCUGCAUAAUAACUAAAAACUCUAUAAAACCCGACCCACAGCCGUAGAAAACAAACAACCGAACUGCGCGUCCAAUAAUGGCAACUUUUUUUUCAAACAAAUUGCGUUUAAAAUUUAACCAUUUUCUAAGUUCACCACCAGAACUUAGGAAAUGCUUGAAAUUCAACCGAACACAAUGGUUGAAAAAUAACAAUAAUGACAGUCUUGUCGGAAAAACCAUGAAAUGGUUCAAAAAAAGUCAUUUAUGGUUGAAAAAAAUGAGCGUGUAGGCUUCAGACAUCAUCGUCAUUUGUUCACACACAAAAAAUCAUAGUCACUAUGCAGGGAAUGCAGUCGCUUUGCUAUGGGGCAAUGUGAAUAGAUUAGGUAAACUAAAUAAUUUUCCAAAUCAAUACAGAAGAACUCAUCGAACAAACCUUCAUGCGAAUCGUUUAAACAAAAAAAAAAAUCACGGUAAGCCUUUAUGGCUGUUGCAAUUUAGGAUCGUAACUCGCAUCGUAAACCUGAAAGUCAAAAGGAUAAAAAUUAAUGAUCAAAUGAAAUGUUAAUAUAGCACUUCUAAUGCUGUGGCUUGAACGAGAGAUGCAAAAUCACUGUAAACUAUCUGAAAGCAAAUAAAAACCAAUACUGAAUUGCUAAAACUUUAGGAAAAGAAAGGACAAAGACGAACAAAAAUGAUGGCCGAAAUUUUGAAAACGCAAACUUCUUCGAGCAUAGAGACGAGGAACCGAAGAAACAAAUUAAAUUUAAUAAACUGAAACUUGUAAGAUACAUAUAAA